AGCUUUCGAGAGUGAGAUGCAGUCCUACACAUGGAAAUCGGUCUUCGCGCCGGUGCUUUUCCUCUUACUAAUCGGAAGCCAAGAGGCGCUUUGUAGGGCCCCCAGGGGUCCUAUACAGGAGGCUAUACAGAGUGGAGCUGCAGCCGAUUAUAAUAAGGAGGAUUGUACCUGGAGAAGAGGGAACGAUCGGGAUUCUUGUCCUGAUCCUGAUGUUCAUGUAUAUCUUCAUUCCGAACUUGGAAUGCCCAAACGAAAACUUGAAGAAUAUAGGAGAUCAGAUUGGUUGAGGGAGGGUUACGAUCCGACAAAGGAGAAUGUUAUUUUAAUUCACGGUUAUGCUGGUGGAGAUGAAUCGGUGCCAAUCGUCGUUCUCAGAGAUGCUUACCUAAGGAACGGCAGUUAUAAUAUCUUUUUGGUCGACUGGGGAGCACUCUGUGCAGCCCCUUGCUAUCCAGCAGCCGUUGCCAAUCUUCGACCAGUAGCCCGAUGUCUUGCGGGAACCUUAACCACUUUGAGAAACCUGGGAUUACCAAUUUUAAAGACCACUUGUGUCGGGCACUCUUUAGGUGCCCAUCUCUGUGGAAUUAUGGCGAAUUAUUUACUUUUUAGAAUGCAUCGCAUUAUAGGACUUGAUCCGGCGCGUCCUUUAGUCAGACCUGGUCUGGUUAAUCGACUUGACAGUGGUGAUGCUGAUUUCGUGGAGGUCAUUCAUACCAAUGCUGGCUACUAUGGAGAAACAGGAAGAGUGGGCCACGUCGAUUUCUGCGUAAACGGAGGAAAAGUUCAGCCCUUCUGUGCUAACCAGCCGAAUUAUCAGCUCUGUAGUCAUGUUUGGGUUGUUUGUUUCAUGGCUCAAAGUAUUGAUGAUGGAGGAAGGCAAUUGAUCGCAGAACCUUGUUCGAGAAGAUGUCCCUCUGGACCCAGAAUUAGUCAGAGAGCUGGCGAGUAUCUUAUCAUGGGCCAGCAUACGCCCAGUGGGUCGAAAGGCUCUUUUUGCUUAACUAGCUACGAUCCUCCCUACUGUCCAGAAUACUUCGAUGGACAUGGCGACCAAAAAUGUUGUGUUUAGAUUAUUUUUAAAGUCCUACAGAAUGUGUAGAUAAUUCUGAAAUCCCCAUAGACGAUCCGAAAAACCUUAUAUGUAGUUAUGGCAUGAUUAUCAUCAUUAUCUCAGGAAAUAAGGAAUAAUCUAUAUUUUUUCUUAAAACUGACUUCCUUUGAAAGAUCCCAAAGUUUGAUAAAAAAUCAACGACUUUGACUUGAACGAUGGCGAAUGUGCUUUAAUGUUAAGUUUUCUCCUUGGAGCCGUUCAAAAACCACUAGUCUAUAGUCUAUACUCUAUAGUCACCCUUGGAGUUUAUAACUUUGUCUGAUGAGACGAAAAAAUGUUCGAAAAAGCAUGACGUAGUUUUUGAACGGUUCUUUUGUUAUUGUUACAUUAUUUGCAUAAUAAUGAGUGCAUCGUGGGACAUUUGUUCUCUUGGUAGGAAUUACGAACUGACGUCAAAUUGGUAUUCAUCCCACAACCAAAAGAAUCUGGCACCAAGAAUAAACAGUAACCAAUAACGGUUCGAUACCGUUAUAUGUUCCAGAAUUUUAAAUCAGCGGAUAACACGUAUUAAGAGAAACAGAGAGAGAGAGAGAGAGACAAUGGAUUUAAAUUAUGUUAAGUAUUCGGUAGUAAAUGCAGACUUGCAGAUGAGUGGUUGUGCCUAUGUAUGUAUUGUAUGUAUGUAUAUGUGUUGCGUUUUUGAUUAUCUUUCAUUGGUUAUUUUAGAUUAACUGUGUCAGACUUUUUUAUGAUUUUUUGUGGAGAAUGUUUGAUCAUUUUAAUUUUAAUGAAUAUACUUUGUACAGGCAUUAGAAUAAGACAAGAGUGCGAUUAAUUGUUUCACGAAGUAUACAAAUAUAAAUAAAAACAUAUAAUAUCUAGAUUUUAGAUCAUGAAGGAAGUUUUGUAUAAGCUCUAAUCUGCACGACAUCCUUUCUCUCAUGCAGAUUUUUGAAC